AUGUCAUUUGGUGAUAUACUAUUUGGCCAGUACUCAUUUUGCAAAUGGAGUGUAAACAAACUGAAAAAUAUUCAAACAUUUAUUGGAUCAGAUUACAAAGUAGCAUCUACCUUUCAAGAUGAGGUUGUUAAUCCCAAGGACUUGGAACCGAAUGAUCACAUCUAUAUUCCUGGAAAUCAUUCAUAUCCUGUCAAACGAGAUGCAGGCUCUGCCGCAUAUUAUCAUCAUGGGGUUUAUUUAGGAGUCAUUGACGGUGACAAAAAGGUUACUGACUUUGGUCGUGACAACGACAAGUAUCCAGUUAUCUGCACAUUCGAUGAAUUUCUUGGGGACUCCAAUGGUCAUCAAAAAUCAGUCAAACAAAUGUAUAAACGAGUUUACAAGGAAAGUGAAAAAUUAUUAUCAGCUUCAGACUCAUUUACUCUGGCAAAACAAAUGUGCGAUUAUCAAGACUGGGGUGAUUAUGAUCUACUAACUAGUAAUUGCGAGACCUAUGCUACUUACAUCAAAACUCGAAUACCAUAUUCUUCACAAGCAUUUCUCGCCCAAGGAUUCUCAGCUUACAAUCAAAACAUUCGUAAGUCUAGAACUCUACCUGAAAUGGACACGUCAUGUAGAGAAUAUCAUUUGAAUAAUAUUCUACCAUUUGGAAUUGGAUCUUGGGUUAAUAAAUGGAUUUGA